AUGACUGACAAUAGUUCAAGUUUAAUAUAUGAGCGGAACUCAGAAAAAGAUAGUAAGCUUAUUAGUGAAUAUGCUGAAUAUGUAAAAAAUUUACGUAAUGCAGAAAAUCAAGAUGAAUAUAUAAAAUAUACAGCAAUAACACUAUUUCUAAAUGAUGAA